CGAGAAAAAAAGUUUUAAAAAUUUGUAUAAUUUCGAAAUUUUUAAGCCGCAUUUUGUGCAUCGAUUUUGUUCAGGUGAAAGUUUUUGGAGGAAGUGAAAGUAGGAAUUUUGAUAAGGUAGAAGGGUUUGGAUUUGGAGAUAAGAGAAAUUUAUGGGUUUUGAGGGGUUAGAUUUUGUCAUAAUUUUUGCAGGAAAGGAAUUUGCACGGUUUUUUACGGCGACGGAAUUGGUGGAUGGGCCGAGUGGGAAAAGAAGCCAAGUCCAAAAAAGCCAAACGAGAGUGGGAAAGUGUUGCGGGUUUGAAGUUGCUCAAAUAACAGGGCAAUGUUUUCGUACAGAGAGGAAAAUGAGACGAUGGAGGCGAUGAUGAGAAAUUGGGUGAAAGUGGAGAAAAUAGGGAUUAAAUCAUCCUCAUGUUUCUAACCUUUUAAAAGUAUGUUCAUAAUUUAGUUUUAAUUCCUUUCCUUUACAAGAAUUGGAGUCAAAAUGAUGCAAAAGUAGGAAGAUGAGACGGCGGAGAGGAAAAUGAGAAAAUAAAUGGGUGAAAGCGGAUAAAGCUGGGGUUGGGCAAUUUUUAUGACAAUUUUUUAAACCCUAAUAUUUGUAACUUUUUAAAUUUAAUUGUUCUGGGUUUGAAGAUGCUCGAAUAACAGGAGAUGUUUUUAAACAGAGAGGAAAAUGAGACGAUGGAGAUGACGAAGAUGAGAAAAUGGGUGAAAGUAGAGAAAAUAUGAAUUAGAUUAGACAGUUUUGUGAGAGAAAGCAUCCUCAUAUUUGCAACUUAUUUAAAUACAUUAAUAGUUUAAUUUUACAAGGAUUGACUCAAAAUGAUGCAAAAGAGGGAAGUUGAGACGAUGGAGGCGACAAUGAGAAAUUGGGUGAAAGCGGAGAAAACAGAGGUUAGACAAUUCUUGUGGCAAUUUUUACAUCCUCAUAUAUAUAACUUAUUUAAAUACUUUAAUUUAAUUUUAAUACGGUUUCCUUACAAGAAUUGGAGUCAAAAUGGUUCAAAAGUAGAAAGAGAAAGUACUUGAUUUAGCUGAGAGAAAGCUUGUCGUGUAUUGUAUUUUGGAAAUAAACUGAGUUAAGAGGCCGUUUCGAAUAAUGUUUAUGGCUUAUUAUUGAAUCAAGUUUUAGAUUUUUUAUCAGAAAUUUUAAUUUUUUUUUAUACGUUUGCUAUUUAUUUUAAUUUUUUUUGCACACUUCCGGUGAAAGUUGGGUUUGUGUAAUGAAGUGGAAACUUGUGAAUUUUUCAGUGAUAUUUAGUUCCAAAUAAUUCAUUAAUAAUUAACCAUAAUAAAAUUGUUCAAAAUUUGAUUCAAUACUGUAACAAAACGGUUCCAAUGAAUACAAAAUGCUAAUCGAUUUUCAUACGGAGAAAGUUAUUCAAAAAUCUCAUGAAUCUCACUUAGCCCCUUAUUCAGGUGUAAUUUUCAUUUCUCAUUAAAGAAUGCUACAUCAUUUUUAUUUUUAAUUUAUCGUUAUUUCCGAUUAAUCAUUCACUGAAUGACCUUGUAUUCACCUACAUCGUUGAAAGUUUCUGCAGAAAUAUAUGCGUAAAAUGUACAUAAAUAUCCCAACUGUUACAACUUCGACUCCAGCCAAACCACUUCCCUUCUAACCACACUUUACACAGAAGAACCACUACGCACUAGAUAUUGUCUGGAAGCCAAUUAUCCUAAUGUUUGUCGAGCAAUUUGCUAUAUAAGAAGCUACUAAAAACCAAUUUGGUUCACAUUCAUAUUCAGCUAAAAUUUUCCAAUGGAGACUUGAAUUAUAGAAAACACAUACAUUACUUAGAAUAAAAAUUAAUGGCAGCAAAAUUUUGGUUCGUGGCAAACAAACCCAAAAGGGAGAGUGAAAUUGAACCCGGUAUAAAUACUUCAUAUCCACAAAUAUUUGCAUAUAUGCAAAUUACACAUUUUGAACUAUUAUUAACCGUCCCAGAAAAUUUUUCGUCCUCGGAACUCGUACCAAUUUACAAGUUUCUAAGUCAUUUUAAGAAACUGCAACGACAACUUCCGGUCACUGUGUCUCCAUCCCUCUCCACUCGGCGUGGUGGAAAUGAGACUGAAAAGCUGGGAGGACUUGGUCAGCUCGAAUUUCACCAGGAUUUUGAACUUGGUCUCGUCUCAAGUGGUUUAUGUGGCAUGACAAAACAUUAUGAAAUCACGACGGGGAAGGACAGGCAUUUGUUUUCUGCUUCUCCGGAAAAUUCUUCCAUUUGUGGUUGUUUCAGUCAAGAUUUUGACAACGUUGUGAUCACAGACUUGCAAAACGUUCCAAUUUUGGAAAUUCAGAAGAUCGAGUUUUCCGGAUACCUGUCGACGAAACUGAAUUUCAAUGUGAUCUUGCUCCCAUGUGGCACCAAAAUCGGAGAAAUUUCCAGAAUUGCAGGAUUUUUGGAAAGGCCUAAAUAUGAAAUCAAUGAUGCUCAGGACGGACCAUUGUUCAACUUGGUUCUUGAUUCCAGAACAAACUUAUUACGCAAUCCAAAUUAUGUGCUUGGCAAGAGGGGAAAGACGGCCUUUUGUCAUCAAACUGAUCAUGGGUCGUACCAACUAAAAAUCUACCAUUUCUGCUCCACCGAGGAGAAAGCACUCUUACUCUCCUUAAUUCUCAUCCUGGACCUCGUGAACAGAAAUAAAUAAAAUGACACAAGUAAAAUAUGUAAAUUGUUUUUUUUUACAUGAACAAACAAAUUGUUGAUGUCAACAUCAAUUAUGCAAAUGAUUGUACUUUGGACUUUUAAUACAUAAAAUAAUAAUAAGCAUACUAAAAAUGUA